UCUGGCGUUCGCAGCCUCGCAGUGUUUGUAGUCGUCUUCCGUGUGGGAAGUUGGUUCCACUGGGAUUUGCUGUUAAGACUCUGCGACGAGGGAAGUCUCAAGUAAAGGUUUUGUUGGUUAGGUUGGUCUGAACCCGAGUAUUAUAGGGUAGUGAUGAAUAAUGAAACUCAGGAGAUAAUGAACUGCAGUUUGUUCAGGUUGUCAAAUUUGAAAGCUCAGAGUUUAAUCGGAAUAGAAAUCCCGUUAACAGCACUUGAUUAGCUCAGUUGAUGAGGCUGAGCGGAUUGUGGUGAGGUAUUUUUUGGUCACUUGAGGGCAAGUGGUGGUAAUUUAGGCCAGUGGCAAGAGAAAAAAAAAAAAAAAAAUCCCCCAAGCGGCUUAGAAUAAUGUCUGAAAUCCGAACACUAUUAAGCUUUCCGUUCUGUCCAUUUCUUGAGACUGCCUAUUACAACAUAUUCCUGGCUGGAAUGUUUGUAUAUGGGUCCGUAAGUAAUUAUUAAGCACUUGUGUUUAGGUCACUUAGAUCUCUCUAAGGAGUAUGGAAUAUUGUUAAAAGGCUCGUGUCCUUGAAUUUUAUUUUGUUAGCCUUAAAGGGUUUAUAGAAUAGGAACAAAUAGCCCCAAUUUUCUAGGUGGAUCGUGUUUAAAAAAAAAAAAGGCUAGUUGGUAGAACACAUGUACUGUAGAAAAGAUUUUAUAACUGCUGUGUAGGGAGAGAAGGGACAGUGUGAGCAAUUCUUGAAGUCAGAAAUAUGGCAUAUAUCAGGCUCUGUUAUUAUCAGUAAUUUUUGAGUCUGGGAGUGAAUUAUUGCUGAAGGGAACUUUCCUGAAGGUACUGUUAGUAGCAUUACUUCUCAAGUGGUUUCACCUGUUCUACAAUUGUGGCUUAGCUGGGAGAAAUACAUUUGGGCAAGUCUCAAUCAAAGAACAGUGCACGACACAAAUUUUGAGCUACAAAGUACUGUAAAAGUAGAGUUGAUAGAAAUUUGUAUUGUAAAUAUAUCAGCUCCAAAACUAUGCUAUCCCGAGGGAGUAAAUCUAAUGGGAAGGCAAUUCUUUCUGCUCUUGGCAACCCAGAAAAUAGAAAACAACAACAACAAAACAACUUUUAAUAUGACAAUGACUAUAAGAAAUACACUGUCCUAAAAUCUUAUUUGUGGUGCUUUGUGAUACAAAUAUUAUUUAAGACUUUCCCCCUGUCCUUGGACUUUGUAACGUCAUCACUAGAAUCUUAGUUAACUGGUGGGUGAAGUUUUAAGCCACCUAAUCAGCUCUUGGGGGGAAAAAAAGUCAAAAUGCUUCCCUUCCUAGGAAGAAGAGAAUACGGUAGCCACAGGGCAUAAUUUUUUGGUGGGGGGAUCACAAGGAACCAUCGGGUCGAGGUAAAACCGGCAGGUUGAUUUCAUUUCUUCUCUAGUUCAUCUGGCAACUAAGUGCCCCUGAAUCUUUUCCAGGCUCACAUUGCUAGCCGAGGUGGUUUUUCUUUAGGAGAAGCGCAAGUGGUUUUCAAAGUAAGAUACAGGCAUCAGCAGCGUCAAAAACCACCGGGAUCCAAGUCUUGGCGGGAAGACGCCAGCAGCUACGCUGCGGAAAGAUGUCUGGGUCCCGCGCGGAAGCUGAGCAGAAGGGGGUCUCCAGACAGCGACUUCAGGUGAAUGAAUAUAAGGAAAACCAAAACAUCGCUGAUACAUCUCUGAGACCGCUACAGACUACAGUUUUAGGAAAAAUAGCUAAGGUGUAUCUGGUCCCCUUUUCACUCAGUAGCUACAAGACAGGCCAACUUAAGCGCCCCAAAUCCCUAUUAGAUAAGAAUUCUAACAAUGAAGUGACAUGUAAGAAAUCUAAGAAAGCUGAAAUAAAGGAAAGUUGCAGAAGGAUUUUAACUCCAAAGAUGGAAGCCACAUCUUCCAAGGGAGAAUCCACUCUGCAAAAAUCAUCCUUGGAUGUUCAUGCUGAAAGCAACAAAUGGCAGUACAAGAGCCCUUCAGAUACAGUGAUUCUCAGUGCUGAUACAGAAAGCAGCCAGGAAGGAGACAGUGAUGAAGACACCACAUCAGGCCUGGAUGAUUUUUCAGAAUUGUCACCAUAUGAAAGGAAGAGACUGAAGAACAUAUCAGAAAAUGCAAACUUCUUUGCUUCUCUUCAGUUGUCUGAGUCAGCUGCAAGGCUCCGUGAAAUGAUAAAGAAGAGACAGCCUUCUGAAUCCAAAAGGAAGAAGCCCAAGAAAAAAGAAAAUGGAACUGGAUGUAGAAGGUCGAUGCGAUUACUAAAAGUUGAUCCUUCAGGAGUGCCGUUGCCAGCAGCCCCAGCCCAGACAGCAUUAGAAGUAGAUGAAAAUCCUUUGAUACCUCCUGGGCCUUUAGAAAUGACUCCUGAAAAUCGAGAUGGUGACGAUGAACUAUUUAAAGGAUUUUUGCAGACUUGGGCAGAACUGAGCAAGACAAGAAGUAAAAACACUGAGAAGGAAUUAUCUAGCAUUAAAAGCUACAAAGUCAAUUUAAAUGGCAUGGUCAUUAGUGAAGACACUGUCUGUAAAGUUACCAGAGGCUCAAUUACCUCAAUGGCCAUCCACCCAUCAGAAAUGAGGACUUUGGUGGCAGCUGGGGCCAAAUAUGGGCAAGUUGGACUUUGGGAUUUGACUCACCAACCUAAAGAGGAUGGAGUUUAUCUUUUUCAGCCCCACAGUCAACCGGUUAGCUGUCUUUACUUCUCACCUGCCAAUCCGGCUCACCUUCUGUCACUGAGCUAUGAUGGUACAUUACGCUGUGGGGAUUUUUCCAGGGCUGUUUUUGAAGAGGUAUAUAGAGAUGAAAGAAGAAGCUUUUCCUCCUUUGACUUCUUGACAGAAGAUGCCUCCACUUUAAUAGUAGGUCACUGGGAUGGACGUAUGUCACUAGUGGAUAGGCGAACUCCUGGAACUUCUUGUGAGAAACUCAUCAAAUCUUCUUUGAGCAAAAUAAGAACUGUUCAUGUGCACCCAGUGCAUAGACAGUAUUUUAUCACUGCGGGAUUAAGGGAUAUUCAUAUUUAUGAUGUAAGAUGCCUGAAUCCCAGUAGAAACCAGCCUCUGAUUUCUUUAACUGAACACACAAAGAGCAUCGCUUCAGCCUAUUUUUCACCUCUUACUGGUAACAGAGUAGUAACCACAUGUGCUGACUGUAAGCUGAGAAUCUUUGACAGCAGUUGUAUAUCCUCGAAGAUUCCUCUUAUCACCACUAUCAGGCACAACACCAUCACUGGGCGAUGGCUGACCAGGUUCCAAGCUGUGUGGGACCCUAAACAGGAAGACUGUGUCAUAGUUGGCAGCAUGGCCCAUCCACGGCGAGUGGAAAUCUUCCACGAGACAGGAAAGUGGGUGCACUCUUUUCUGGGUGGAGAAUGCCUUGCCUCUGUGUGUUCUAUCAAUGCUAUGCACCCAACUCAGUAUAUUUUGGCUGGAGGUAAUUCCAGUGGGAGGGUACAUGUUUUUAUGAAUUAAGAAAGUUGUGGAGUUUUUGGUUUGGAAACACCAAUUUGUUCAAAUUAAUCUGCCUAAGGAGCCUAGUAAUUCAUGUGGCUUAGUCUGUUUACUUGGUAAUAUGUACUAUUUAGUGAAUUUAAACUUGCUUUGUAAAUAAGAAUUAUGAACAGAAUGUACUCUUAGGAAGAGGGAGGCCUUGGAGGUUGUUUCUGUAGGAUGGUAAGGGCUUUGGAGGGGUGACUGUGAUGCCUUCAGCACUUUUAACCAGGCGGAAUGUUGAGAAAUUCUCAUUAUAAAUUACAAAGCUUUGAGUGAUCAGUGUUUUGGUUUUGUUGCCUUGAUUCUAUAGUCAUAUAUAGAUUUGUGGUUUAUUUUACAGUUUGAAAUACAUACUUAUUUCUAAACUUAUAUACACUGGAAGGGAUCCUGAAAGGUUAUCUCAUCUGAGUGAUUUUGAAACUUUUAAUUUUUUAAACUGAGCGCUUUUCCCCCCUUGCCUCUAAAUUAAAUCUUACAUGAAAUCCCAAGAUAAUUGCUGAGAAGCUGUGGUUCACUUGGGCAGGGCCUGGGUUCCUGUGUUGACCUUCUCCCCACUGCCCUCCUCUCCAUGGCUCCUGAGACACAGCGAGUGAGUCCCAGGGCUUGUAGGCACAGGGUUGAAAUAUAUUAAUCCCUGUCACCCAGUGUGAGAUUACUUUCACACCACUGUUUCCCAGACUCUGGGUUGUAGCUAUUGAUGUAAGUUAAGUGACCAUGACCAGUGUCUAAAUGAAAAGGAGACGAAUAGUAUAGAAUAGCAAACAUAAUUAGAACAAAUAUUCUUUUGUGAAGCUUAGUUCCAUAUGCAUACAUAGCUAUAGGUAUACAUGCAUAUAUAUUUUAUGAUGUAAAAUGUAUUUCUUUAUUACUAUGGUUCUGUGGGUCAUGGUUAAAGAAGAGCUCCUACCUUAGAAGGUCCCAGCCAGCUUUGUGUGUCCUUGUCUUUUAAACUCUCCAGAGGAGAUUUAGUAGCCUGGUAAAGUGUUAUGGAAUACCAUUUCUGGCGUUUAUUCAUUAAAAAUAUUUGUUUUCAGAAGCUGUGGCAACUUGAAUGUGUCUGUUGUUGGACACUACUAAAUCAGCGACUGAGAUUACUGUGUGUUAUUAUCUAUCCAACAUUUUCUGUUGUUCUUCAUUGCCAAAUGACUACUGAAAGACUGUUGUAAAUACUUUCAGCAAUAUGCCUGAUUUCUAAGAGGAUUUCUUCAGAAUUGUAUGUCACAGAAAUAAAGUGAUGUAUAUAAUUUCCUUGAA